CAGCGUGAAGAUUUAACAGGAAACAGCCGUUCCUGAUGUGACCGAAUCGGUAGUAAGUGGCAACUGAUCCAGCUACGCAAACUUAGUUAUUGCCGUCAACAUGGAAGCCUCUAUCGUGCGUCUGAUUUCGAGAAAGUACUUCGUGAAGUCGGGUGAUCAGAGUGAAUACAAAUAUACUAACGCUUCUAUGAUCUGGAAUCAGGCUAAAGACCUGCAUAAGAGAACGGAGGACCAGAGUUCUGAGAAUCUCAAAUCUGCUCAAGCAUAG